AUGACAACUAUCGAAAUCGAAUUCAUCUUUGACUUCGUAUGCGCAUGGUGCUACAUUGCGAAACGCAAUCUGGACUCUGCUAUCUCACUCUAUCAGAAGACAUACCCUGGAGGCAAAUAUGAUACUUUUGCUAUUACAUGGACACCGUACUACCUUAACUACAACCCUCAUCCACAUAGAGUUGAUAAGCUCGAGCUUGCCGAAUCACGAUUGGCCGAUAUGACAUCCGAUCAACGCAUUGCCCUAAACCAACGCAUGACGCGAGCUGGCCUCUCUAGCGGCAUCAACUUCAAAUGGGGCGGGUACCUUGGCCCUGGCCUAGCGACUCGAAACGCGCAUCGGCUUGUACACCUUGCAGGCGCUGCUGAAGAUAGAUACAACCGUGUAACACAAGGUAACCUGGUCGAAGCUAUCCUUGACGCAUACAAUUGUCGGGAACAGGAUAUCGCUCGGGAUGAUGUGCUAGUGGAAGCUGCGCUGAGGGCGGGCGUUCGCAACGCCGACGCCGAAGCUUGGUUGCAGUCCGAUGAGGCAGGGGAUGUGGUUGACGCAAAAGCGGAGAAAAGUAAGGUAACGGCAGCCCAAUCUGGCGUUCCUACUCUCAUUAUUCAGGGAAAACAUCGGCCUGAAGGUAUCCCGGACGUUAUGGAUCUAAUGCAAACAUUCAUACAGAUCAAGGAGGCACAAUGA